CACUGGACCACCACCGCCACGCUAGGCUCCUCCCCCACGCCCUCUCACAGCGGCCCCCCCCGCCAGCGACUGGCCCGUCACUGGCUACACUAGCUCAUUCAGCCUCUCCUCCCCGGAGGGAGAGAGCGCAGGGAAGCUGUCAGACAUGAAGUCCACCUGGUCGUCGGGCCCCGUGUCCCACAGCCAGGCCUCCCUGUCCCACGAGCUGUGGAAGGUGCCCCAGGGGCCCCGCAACACCGCCGCCGCCCCCUCCAGGCCCCCGCCGGGGCCUCACCAACACCAAGCCCCCCUCGUCCACCUGGGGGGGCAACUCCCUGGGCUGGCCCAGGGCUGGAGCAACUCCUACACGUCAGAGGGCACCACCUGGAGCACAGACAGCUCCAACAGGACUAGCAGCUGGCUGGUGCUGAGGAACCUCACCCCACAGGUGUGUACAGGUGUGGGGUGAGAGGAGGUGUGUGUGUGUGUGGGGGGGGG